AUGAAGAAAAAGAGAGAAUUCGUCGUCGUCCUUCUGUUUUUGGUCUUCGUCUACUUCUUUCUCGCCUCUUUUUUUAACUCCUCCUCUGCAUCUUCCUCCUCCUUUAAAAGUAGGAGUCGUGGUAACGGUGAUGGUUUUAACAUUCAAGAGAAGAAAACCGGUACGAAUGGUGACGGAUUAUUUUUCUCGUCAAAGAACAACAACAACAAAGACAACAACAAAGACAACGAAGAAAACUUGCGCGCUCUGGAGGAAAUCUUUUUAGAAGAAGAGAGUCAAUCCUCGGUUUCGGCGGACCCGUUAGAUUUACAGUUUCUGGGAUUGCAGUCCUCCUUGGGAGGCGCGAGCUCGUCGUGUAAGUUUCAGUUUGAGAUUGCGUCGUGGAGAGAAACGAGACUGUUUUUCGCGUUGCACCCGGAGUGCAGACAUUUAGAUAAAUGCGAAUCAGAGUUACCUUCGCAGACGACGCUGAGUAAACAAGUGUUCGAUAGUGGUGGGGGUGGUGGAAGUUCAGUGGAUUCGAGAGACGAGAAGAACGAGAUGAUUAUUAAACACAGCACGUACGUGAAACGGUUCGACGAAGAUUUAAGAUACGCGCACAUGGCGACGAUUGCAAAGAUGAAAGACGAGCGGAUGAUUUUACUUUAUCAGGCAGCACCGGCGGCAAAGAAAGAUGUUGAUGGUAGCGAUGGAGGAGGAGGAGACGAUGGUAACGGUGGUGGUGAUGGUGGAGAUGCCACGUAUUACGAGUAUAAGUUAGCGACGGAGGGAUUACAAGACCAGCACAUCGAGUACACGCAAUCGAAGGAUUUAGAGGGAAAACGAUGGACGCCGCCGGUGAAGUUGCCGAUAUAUAACGACGCUGCGGUUUGGAGUCCAGUCGUACACAUAGAUAACAAUCAAGUGUACGUGUUUUACUCUGAAUCUACUGGGUGCAAGAAAGCGAUUCCGUGUAAACCUCCACAGUGCCCAAAAGGUGAAGUUUGCGAAGUCGACUCGCACGCGGAGAUGUGCCAUCACACGCCGAAGUCGUUGUGGGUACCGGGAGGAGAUAUUAAAUACAUAAAAUCCAUCGGAGACCCAGCUGAGAACAAAUGGACGAAAGCGGUGACGAUUUUGUCUCAAGAUGAAGGAGGAGGGAUACCGAAAGUUAUCGCGAACUCGCUGAUUGUUAUGAAGAAGACUGGACACUGGGUACUUCCGUAUUGGAGAGAACAACAAAACGCCAUCGAAGACGGAACGUGUACUCGCAAACCAGAAUUCAAAGGUUCCAGCGGACCAGAUUGUCGAUGGAAUAAACGAUCGAGAUGCAUGACUGGAGCGCAACCAUUUUCAGGUGUUUUGGUUUCCGAAAAUCGUGGGAAAACGUGGCAACCGAGAGGUCAAAUCACGCAAUCGAACACGAGCUUGAUUGAAGGUUCGAUUGCCGAGUUGAACGACGGAAGGAUCAUCCAAGUCUUUCGAACUCGCGUGGGAUGUUUGUAUAAAUCGUACUCUAAAGACGAAGGAAAAUCAUGGACAGAACCCGAACCAAUGCCAGUUCCGAACCCGAAUUCGAAGGUGUUCUUAAUGCGGUUAGAGCCAAACGGGGAGUUAUUGCUUGCGUUCAACAACAUGAAAAAUCAAUAUCGGUCGCGAAGAGGCGCCACGAAGUGCCGAGCGUGUAGAACGCAUUUACACGUGGCAAUAUCUAGAGAUGGCGAUGGAAACGAGUGGGAAACGAUUGCGAGGUUGGAAGAUGAGAUUGGCUACGAAGCGCCACGAAUUCAUUACCCUUACAUGGCGCAGAAAGACGCCUCGAGCGUUUUAGUGGCGUACACUCGCUUUUACUUGGGGAAAAGGAAAGGCUUGACGAGUCUCGAUCAAGGCGUCAAAGUCGCAGAAAUAGAUUUAAAAUCGAUAGUUUAG